AUGGCAAUAAAAACAACACGUUUGUUUGUAUUCUCCGAUGUUCCAGGCAAAUGGUUAGCACUCAUUGAAUCAUUAGAAAAUCGUCGUGCUCAUAUAUCAAUAUCACCCAUACCCUAUGAAUAUUAUUUACGACGUAAUAUUGAUUUAACAUACCCAUUUUAUCAUAGUUCAUAUGUUAUUCUUACAUCACGUCAAGAAUCUCCUCCAUCCUUGGGCGCAUUUCUACAACCGUUUAGUUGGGACACAUGGUUUGUGAUAUUUUUAAUUUUGAAUGCAGCUGCAUUAUUUGAAACAUUUUUUGAAUGGCAUAGUCCAUACGGUUUAACACCUAAAGGUCGACGGCGUCAAGAAGUAUUUAGUUUAGCAUCAGCUUUAACAUUAAGUUGGUCGAUUAUAUUCUCACACACAUUCAAAACGAAAUCACCCAAAUGUUGGUCCAAUCGAUUUUUAGGAAAUGUUUGGGGUGGAUUUGGUAUUGUUUUUAUUGCCAUUUAUACUGCUAAACUGGCUUCAUUCAUGGUCGAAUUGGGCGAUGUACAUGUUGCUAGUGAUGUUCAAGGAAUUAUAGAUAUUUGUCGCACAUUGCAUAACUGUAGAGUGGGCGUUGUUCCCAAUACAAGUGAUGAAGAAUAUUUAAAAAAAUAUUAUUCUAAUUCUUUAUAUCAACAUAUUCAAUAUAUUAAAAAUUAUUCAGUUGGUAUCGAUUCAUUGAAAAAUCAAACAAUAACAUUUAUGUUAAUGGAUCAUUCAAUUGCUCGUUACUAUACAACUCGAGAUGUCUCUAAAUCGAAACAAAUUAGUGGAGAUAAUUUUGGUACAUUUGGUGUGUCAUUAGGAUUUUCAAAAUAUGAUAAUGAAUUAAAAGAAAAUAUAACAGAUAUACUAUUGAGUUAUAUGGAUAAAGGAAUAAUUCAACGUUUACAUGACGAAUGGUAUGGUUAUGAAAAUUGUGAAUUUAAAAGAUUAUCCAAGAAUCGCAAGUUGAGCUUUGUUCGUUUUUUUGGUGUAUUUAUUUUAUUGGGUGGUGGAGUACUAAUUGGUUUACUAACAUUAACUUUGGAAUGGAUCACAUUUAAAUAUUUUGUACCAUAUUGGCGACAAAAACAAUGGCCUGGCUGGAUGUUUUGUAGUCAACGCUUAUAUGCAACAUUAAAUGUUCCAGAUGAUGUGUUUGAAGAAGCAUAUUACGAUUAUAAAUGUUAUUCGUUUAAAGAAGUUGGAGAACGAUUACAUAAUUAUUCUACAAGAAGUGAUAGUUUAGAUUUACGUGUUGUUGAUAUUCCCAAAUUAUUAAGUACAACGUAUCGUUUAAAACGCGAAAUUGAUAAUCUUAAACAAACAAUUUCGUUAACACCCUAUGAUAUAUCUGACGAACAACAGGAAUCACCAUUAUCUCAAUUUGUAGAAGAAAUUCCAUUACUUGAACAAUCUAACGAUAUACCUUUGAGACGAACAUCUACUCAAUCGUUAUUCAAUAAGAAUCAUUUAAAUAAAUUUUAUUUAGAAACUCAGGGAACAGAAACAACAGCAAAUAUUGAUAAAAUAGCAGUCACAGUUGAUCAACGAAUUCAAGUAUUGGAGAAUGAAUUAGACCAAUUAAAGUUAAAAUUAAUAUGUGUGGCAAAUGAAAAAGAAGAGUUACGAAAAGAAUUAAAUAAUGUGUUAUCAAAUCACUCGAUAUAA